AUGAUGAAAUUGAGACGCUUUUGGUUCUCUCUCGUAUUGCUUGGGGUUUUCCCGUUGGUCACCAGAGGAUGGAUGGAAUCGGACCGGAGCAGAAGGCUGUAUUCGGAUGUGGGGAGGUUGCAUCAAGAGGAAUCCAGAAGGUUUGAAGCUGCAAGAAGAAAAGUGCUUUACGGGCAGGACGGCCUGCACGCGUCGUGCGAGAAGAGGUACUGCGGCCGGGGGAGCAGGUGCGUGGUCAACAAGGAGACCGGCCAGCCGGAGUGCAGGUGUGUAGAAGACUGCAAGGCCAGCUACAUGCCAGUGUGUGGAUCUGAUGGCAAAUUUUAUGAAAAUCACUGUCAGCUGCAUCGAGCCUCCUGUCUGCAGAGGAAGAAGAUCUACAUUAUCCACAGCAAGGACUGUUUCUUCAAAGGUGACACGUGCACAAUGGCAGACUACAGCCGGCUUAAGAGCAUCCUUCUAGACCUUCAAGCUCAUCGUCAGAGUCCUCGGAGCAGCCCUGCGGAGGACAGAGUGGCCCAGAAGCGCUGCUUAGUAGAAGAUAUGUUUAAGUACUUGGAUAUAAACAGUGAUGGGCAUCUCAGCAGCUCUGAACUGGCUCAGGUAAUGAAGAAAGAGGAUCUAGAGGAUGAUUUACUGGGCUGUACGCUAGAAGACCUUCUCCGAUUUGAUGAUUACAACAACGAUGGCUAUUUAACCCUGCAAGAGCUCUACACAGCCUUCCAGGUGGUUCGGCUGAGCCUGCCAGAAGACCAGAAGAUCGUUGUUACCACCAUAACGGUUGGCCUGAGCACCAUGCUGACGUGCAGCAUCCGGGGAGCCCUGCGGCCCCCCAUCAUCUGGAAGCGCAACGGAGUUGUCCUCAACUUCCUCGAUUUGGAAGACAUCAACGAUUUUGGAGAAGACGAUUCCCUCUACAUCACCAAGGUAACAACUAUUCACAUGGGCAAUUACACCUGUCAUGCCUACGGCUACGAAGAGCUGUAUCAGACCCACAUCCUUCAGGUGAAUGUGCCGCCCGUGAUCCGCGUGUACCCGGAAACGCAGGCGCAGGAGCCCGGCGUGUCGGCGAGCCUCCGGUGCCACGCCGAGGGCAUCCCUAGCCCCCGCAUCACCUGGCUCAAGAACGGCGCUGAUAUCCUGCCGAGGCUAUCCAAACAGCUCGCCCUCUUGGCAAAUGGAAGUGAACUUCAUAUCAGUAGUGUUCGAUAUGAAGACACUGGUGCCUAUACCUGCAUCGCUAAAAAUGAAGUGGGAGUGGACGAGGACAUAUCUUCACUUUUCAUAGAAGAUUCUGCAAGAAAGACCCUUGCAAACAUACUGUGGCGAGAGGAAGGCCUCAGUGUUGGGAACAUGUUCUAUGUCUUUUCUGAUGAUGGGAUCACCGUCCUUCAGCCAAACGAAUGCGAAAUCCGAAGACACGUCAGGCCGGAUGAGAGGAUUUUCACGAGUUACGAAGAAAUCUGUCCCAGAGUCGAAGGUGAAGGCACUCAGUCCUGCCUCUGGGUUUCAGCGGUCAACGUCAGAGACAAGUAUAUUUAUGUGGCGCAGCCGAAGCAGAACAGAGUAAUGAUAAUUGAUACCCAGUCUCAGAAAGCCGUGCAGUCCUUGGAUGUUGACCCGUUACCAACCAAAUUACAUUAUGACAAGUCACACGAUCAAGUCUGGGUGCUUAGCUGGGGUGACAUGCAGAAGUCCUCACCAACACUGCAGGUAAUACCGGAGGCAAGCGCAGGGGAAGAUCAGCAUGUUAUCCGCACGCCGUUUGAAGGAGUGGAUGAUUUUUUUAUACCCCCUACAAAUCUUAUUAUUAAUCAUGUUCGGUUUGGCUUCAUCUUUAACAAAUCGAAAUCCGCAGUUCACAAAAUUGAUCUGGAAACUGUGACCCACAUCAAGACUAUCAGCUUCAAAAGCUCCAGCUGCCUGCCGCAGUCCAUGGCUUACACCCACCUGGGCGGCUACUUCUUCGUGCAGUGCCGGGGGAGCACCUCCGCGGCUGCGUCGCCCCAGCUCGUUAUUGACAGCGUCACCGACUCUGUCAUCGGCCCCAACAGCGAUGUAUCGGGCACACCUUACGUUUCACCGGAUGGCCGCUAUUUGGUCAGUGCAGACGAAGACAGCGGCAGGAUCAAAGUCCAAGCUGUAACUGUCCAAGGGGAAAUCAAGUUGAUUUAUGACUUACAAACGAAUGUAUACGUAUCUGAUCUGACAUUUCAACCCUCCUUCACUGAAGGCAAUCAGUACUAUAUAUAUGCUACUUCACAUUUGCAAACAGAUGUGCUUUUUGUAGAGCUGUCAACGGGCAAAAUGAAUAUACUGAAGAAUUUAAAGGACCCUAUCACAUCCAAAGACUGGCCCUGGAGCAGCUACAACAGAAUUAUGAAAGACAGUGGAUUAUUCGGACAGUAUCUCAUUACACCAGCUAGAGAUUCACUGUUUGUUAUUAACGGGAGACAGAACGCAUUGCGCUGUGAGGUUUCAGGCAUAAGAAGGGGUAACACAGUGGUCUGGGUUGGAGAAGUAUGAAAGGGCAAUAACAGGAUCGCCUGCGGCAGGCAAGUACCGGUUGGACCUUUACGCUGCAACAAAUGA